GAAUUUGGUUUAUGCAGAUCCACAGUGCCUGAGGAUUGUUUCUUCUAUCAUCAUUCUCGGAAUUUUGUUGGAGGGUCUAAUUAUAAAGGGGACCAGAAUGAAUGAACUCCGAGGCAGAAAGGCUCAAAAGAUUGAAAGUCCAGUUCCAGGAUGCUUAGGGAAGAUGGUAAACCUAUUUGAUCUUGGAACAGCUGUUAAUGGGAACAAGUUGCUUACAGAUAAACCACAUCUUCAUGGAUCUUCUCUGUCAAGAAGUCGAUCUGAUGUGACUCGAAUGCCAAGCCCUUCUUAUAAAGGCCAUUCAGAAGCUGAAUUGAUUAUGUCUGAUUUGAGGAGAAGUGCUUCUAGCAAAGUAACUGGUACACCGAUGAAGAAACUCAUUGCUCGAGAAAUGUCAAAAGAAGUAGAACAUAAACAGAGCCCAACUAAUGUGGUUGCUAAGUUGAUGGGUUUGGAAACACUUCCCCAGACAUAUCCUGAGACGGCUACACAGCGAAGCAAAUCCAGAAGCAAUUCACACUCUUCUCUGAAUCAUUCGGUGACUUCUAUAGAUAAUGAGGUCCAAAAGUAUCAGGAGUUCAGUAGGGAAUUUAAAGAUGUGUAUGAAACGUGGCAGUCGCCUCAGAAAAUGAGUCGGUCAAGGGAUAGCUCGCCUAGAAAAGGAAGAUAUGAUGAAAGUACGACUGAAAAACAAAUGGCUCUUGUUCGUCAAAAGUUCUCAGAAGCAAAACGCCUUGUAACAGAUGACAAUCUUCACCAAUCCAAAGAGUUCCAAGAUGCACUUGAAGUUUUAAGCUCCAACAAGGAUUUAUUUGUUCAAUUUCUCCAGGAAUCAAAUUCAUUCUCUCAGCAGAAUCUUUCUGACUUUCACCAUGUUCCUCCUCAUUCAGAGGCGAAGCGAAUCACAGUAUUGAGACCUUCAAAGGCUGUUGAAACUGAAAAAUUUGUGGUUCAAGGCAGGAAGAACAAGCAGGUUAAGAAAUUGGCUUCAUCAAGUCAAGAAACUGGAUGGGGGAACCGUGAUCUGGGUUACCCGUCAUCUUAUGUCAACCGGGGAACCGAGGACCACACUGUACAGCCAACCCGAAUUGUCGUCUUGAAGCCUAGUCUAGGAAAAUCUCUAGAUAUUAAGGCUGUUUCUUCAUCCCAAUCCUCUCCAAGGGGUUUACACGGUGGGGGAUAUUUUGAUGAGCCUGGAGAUGUUGAGACUAAAGAAGUUGCAAAGGAAAUCACUCGUCAAGUGCGCGAAAAUUUAAUGGGUCACCACAGGAACGAGACUCAGUCUUCUUCUGUCCUAUCCAAUGGUUAUAUCGGUGAUGACAGUUCUUUUAACAAGUCUGAUAACGAAGAUCUAGUGGGAAAUCUUAGCGACUCUGAGAUCAUGUCACCAGCAUCUAGGCAUUCUUGGGACUGUCCAAAUAGGUUUGAAAGUCUUUUCUCUCCUUCCUCUUUCAGCAGAGCUUCAUUUUCUCCAGAGUCGUCUGUCUGCAGAGAGGCGAAGAAGCGACUUUCUGAAAGAUGGGCGUUGAUGUCAGUAACGGGAAGAACUCAACCGCUUAAACAUGUUUCAAGAACCUCAAGCACCUUAGGGGAAAUGCUUGCACUAACAGAGACCAAAGUGACAACUGAAUCCGAGGAAGGGAGCAAUGAAAUAGCACCAGCCACGAGGGUAUCAACAUCAUGCAUAACUAGUGAUCUGAGUCAAGUGGAAAUGGCAAGUGAUUCUCUGAAUAUUCUUGCAAGGUCAAAAUCAGUCUCUGACGUUAGACUCAACGGAGAAACAUCUGUUUUGGGAACUUCCAAAGCACAGGCUUCACGAGAGUUGACUAAGACGGGAAGCCUGAAAUCGUCAUGGAAAGUCUCGAAUUUGUUCUUCUUUAAGAAUAAUAAAGCAAGCAAGGAGAAAAAAGGUGCAUCUCAAUGCAGCAGUAUGUCUCAUUUAGCAACGCCUUCUCCUGCAACUCUUACCGGACAAACCAGCGAAGGUUGUUUGUUUCCUAGAGAUUGUCUCCCUCCUGAUGCAUCAGAACAACAAAGCAUAAUCCCAGGCGAGGAGGAAGUGACUACACCGAAGCCCCUAGCAACUGGGAAUUCAAGUGAAAACCAGGACCAGCCGAGUCCAAUUUCGGUUUUGUUUCCACCAUUUGAAGAGGAAGGUGUCAGUAUUCCAGAAUGUUCUGGGUCAACCAAGCAUUGGACAUCUCAAGGAGAGGAAGUGGCUUUUAAAUCUAAUCUAAUCGACAAAUCACCACCAAUCGGGUCAAUUGCUCGGAUCCUCUCAUGGGAUGAUGACUCUUGCACAGAAAACAUGUCUAAACCUACAAUGGGAGUCCAUGAGGAUGAAGACUGGUAUCUUUUCAUAGAAACGAUCUUGACAGCUGCUGGUUUCAGCAGUGGUUGCACGGUUUCUCAUGACCCCCUCAUGUCACGAUGGCACUUGCCAAACAGUCCCUUAGACUCUUCACUCAGAGACAAAUACACCAACCCAGAUAACAACAACAUCAAGGAGUUCAUCCACGAAGGCAAACGCAGACAACAGCGAUCAACUCGUAAGCUCAUUUUCGACCGCAUCAACUCCAUCAUUUUAGAAACAACGACUACGCUCCGGGGCAAUGGUUCUCCGCAUUUCGACCUGGUGGAGCAUGUGUGGGCCCACUUAAAGGACUGGGUUUUAGAUGAGCCUAGCAAGCGUGACUCAGGAGAGGACAUGGAUGCCAACAGUUUGGCUGCAGAGAGUCUUGUGAAGGACGAGAUAGUCGGGAGGACAUGGACUCAUAGCUUGCAAGUUGAAAUAGACGACUUUGGGAUUGAAAUUGAAAAGAGAUUGUUGCAAGAGCUAGUAGAGGAAGCCGUUAUCGAUCUUACUCGAUGAGAUGAGACAAGAGCAACAAUAUAUACUACGUUGAAUAAAAAUGUAAGAUAGUGUUAAGUUUAUUUUUUUGUCUAUGGGAAGAUUUGUGUCUCGAUUUUUUUGUAAUGAUUGAGAGAGAAAACAAAAUGCUGUGUAGCCAUUGUUGAAGCAGAGCAAUAAGCAGUUGUUCCCAUU